AUGACGACCUUCUCCACUUGGACGAAUACAACUGUUCUCUAUGCCAUACUAUUCCUAUCUGUCACUGUAUUCUUGGUAGCAAGUCUCCACCGUCUACUCUUCUCUCCACUGAGACACAUUCCUGGCCAUCCUUUAUGGGAAACCUCGCGAAUACCAUUUGCAUACAGUCUCCUCCGUGGCCACCUGCCUUAUGCUAUCUCAGCUCUUCACGAAAGAUAUGGCCCCAUCGUCCGUGUAUCUCCUUCUGAGAUCUCUUUAUCACCGAGACAGCCUGGACCGAUAUCUACACAGUAUUCAAGGCGAAGGGCGGGCGAAAACUCAACUGAAAAUAGAACCGGUUUUUCGAAGGGCUCCAGGAAAGGCUGA